UCUUUCUUCGAUCCGAUCAGAAAUCAGAAGAGCCUCCUUCUUCUCUCUCUCUUAGGGUUUCGAUUUCUCUAUUCCAAUUUCCGCCAAUCUUGUUAAAUUAUUUAGGGUUUUCAAUUUUGAUUUCAUCGAUUCAUAAAUUUAUUUUGCGUGUGUGUUUGUUUGUGUGCGUGAAGAUUAAAAAAAAAUUAAAAAGAAUAUUUUAGGGUUCGUGAAAUGGGGGUAUUGGAGGUUGAGAGUGGCGGUUCAUCACCGUCUGUGUCAAUGGUGAAGAAGAAGCUUGGUGUUACAAAUCCAAUUUCAAUUGCUGGUCCAACUGAAUCUGAUUUGCAGAGAAGCUUAGAAUUGGAGAAGUUUUUGGUGGAUUCUGGAUUAUACGAAAGUAAAGAAGAAGCUGCUCAAAGAGAAGAGAUUCUGAGUCAGAUCAAUCAGGUUGUGAAAGCAUGGGUUAAACAACUUACCCGUCAAAAAGGGUAUACAGACCAGAUGGUGGAAGAUGCAAAUGCUGUCCUAUUUACUUUUGGAUCAUAUCGUUUGGGGGUGCAUGGCCCUGGAGCAGACAUAGACACCUUGUGUGUUGGGCCAUCCUAUGUAAAUCGCGAGGAUUUCUUUAUUAUAUUGCAUGAUAUCCUGUCUCAUAUGGAAGAAGUUACUGAACUGCAGCCAGUUCCGGAUGCACAUGUUCCCGUGAUGAAAUUCAAAUAUUCUGGGAUCUCAAUUGAUCUUCUUUAUGCAAGUGUGUCCCUUCUGGUUGUUCCUGAAGAUUUGGACAUCUCUGAUUUAUCUGUGUUGUACAACGUUGAUGAGCAAACUGUUCGGAGUCUGAAUGGUUGCAGGGUUGCUGAUCAAAUUCUUCGACUUGUUCCGAAUGUGGAGCAUUUCUGCACGACCCUCCGAUGUUUGAAGUUCUGGGCAAAAAGACGUGGUGUCUAUUCAAAUGUGACUGGAUUUCUCGGUGGAGUAAAUUGGGCUCUUCUGGUUGCGCGCGUAUGUCAGCUUUACCCUAAUGCAGUCCCUAGUAUGCUGGUUUCCAGAUUUUUCAGGGUAUAUACCCAGUGGCGCUGGCCGAAUCCUGUUAUGUUGUGUGCAAUAGAGGAGGAUGAUGAACUUCUGAUACCUGUAUGGGAUCCACGUAAGAAUCCUAGAGAUCGAACACAUCAUAUGCCGAUUAUUACCCCUGCAUACCCUUGCAUGAACUCCAGCUAUAAUGUUUCGACAAGUACGCUUCGAGUUAUGAUGGAGCAAUUUGAGAAGGGUAACAAGAUCUGUGAGGAGGUAGAGCUGAAUAAAGCACAGUGGAGUGCUUUGUUUGAGCCUUACCUAUUUUUUGAAACGUACAAAAAUUAUCUGCAAAUUGACAUCAUUGCGGCAGAUGCUGAUGAUUUACUUUCUUGGAAAGGCUGGGUAGAGUCCAGGUUGAGGCAAUUAACUCUCAAGAUAGAGAGAGACACUGUUGGUAUGUUGCAGUGCCAUCCAUAUCCUCAUGAAUAUGCAGACAUUUCUAAACAGUGCUCGCAUAGUGCAUUUUUCAUGGGUUUGCAGAGGAAUCAAGGGGUGGAGGUUCAGGAAGGACAGCAAUUUGAUAUUCGGGGCACAGUGGAGGAAUUCAGGCAUUCAGUGAACAUGUACAUGUUUUGGAAACCAGGAAUGGACAUAUAUGUUUCUCAUGUUCGUAGAAAGCAGAUUCCCUCAUAUGUGUUUCCAGAAGGGUACAAACGACCCCGUACAUCAUCUAGGGUUACAAGUCAUCAUCAAGAGUCUGAAAAAACAAGGGAGUGUAGCAAGAAUGGUUCUCCAUCAGAGAGGCGGCUCAAGAGGAAAAAUGAUGUUGAAGGGAGUCCAGGUGACGAGAGACCACAGAAACGUGCUUCUAUUAGCCCAGUAAGGCGAGAAUCUUUGUCUCCUGAAAUUGGAAGUCGGUCUGGUGGUGGAACAUGUCAGAUCCAGAGGAGAAAGGAUGCUGAAGUUGGUCACCAUGUCUGCGAGAGACCACAAAAAGGUGCUUCCAUUAGCCCGCAAAGGCAGGACUCUGUUUCACCUAUAAUUUGCUCUACUAGUGGAACUUAUCAAGUCUGUUCUGCGGAGGGUACUAUGGAGGAUGCCUCUACAAGUACAGUCGGUAUUGGUGCUGAUGUUGGUUGUACUUUUAGUCGCUUGGAGAACGAAAAAGUUUCAGAGGAGUCUGUACAACAAGGUAGGAUAGAAGAUAGGACAUCUGUUGAACCUAAUGAAGAAAGAAUGAACAGUACACCAGGAAUUAGUUGCGCAUCAGGAGUAACGUGUCCGGCUAGCGCAGUCGAGGAUGCUCGACGUGCAGGUUCAGGACACGCUGAGAAAGCAGCAAGGGAAUUGAGUGAGGAAAAAGUUGGAGGUGAGCCGUGCAGCAGUAGCAGCAGCAGCAGUGCUAAUGUCAAUACUGAGGGUUUUGUUUGUGGUGAAUCAAAUUCAGAGGUAUUACUUUUGGAAGAUGAUGGGUGCAUAAAUGAGAGUGGGGUGAUAUUACAAGGUGGCCUUGCGGAAGAAUUGAAGCCAAAUGUUGUGCUUGGUAUGGUUCUAAAAGCUCGCGGUGGCGGUAGUGCAGAACCUGUGCAGAAACCGGUGAUAAGGUUUAGUUUGACGUCCACAGCAUGAAGACCUGAAGCUGCCGCAGAAUCAACAGCAUGAAGACCUGAAGCUGCCGCAGAUUAGCCAUUUCACUAGUUCGUAUUUCGGUUUUCACCAAUGAGAGAGAAUUGAAGUGCGCAGAGGAAGAAGAUUAGAAAGCCAGCAGUGUGUAUGGGUAAGUAAAUAUUAAAAAUUCUGGCUUUCAUUUUGGAUUUUCGGGCAUGCAUUUUUCAGUUGCUGUUCAACAAUUGGAUCGCUCGCUGAAAAGGCAAGGUGGUGCACAGAGGUGAUGGUUAUUGUGUGUUGUGUACAGCCAUAGUUGUGAAGUAAAUGUUCAGUACUGUUGAAAGAUGUGAGUACUACCGAAAUCGCAGUAAAAGUAACAAUGUUUCUUCGGUUGUGCUCACUUACUCGCAGUCUGUCCUUUUUUUUUUUUUAGUUCCUUUUUUGUUUUUUCAUGUUGAAAUUAGCAAGAGUCAAGUAGCUCUAAAUGGUGUGUAUGAGAGAAGUUGCUCAGAUGAUUUGUGGGUGUCCUAAUACAUUUUUUUUUUUGAUUUGGUAUAAUCCAGUUUAUAGUGUAAA